AUGUGGCCGCAGCUCGGGCACGGGGCGGGCGUCCCCCAAACAUCUGCGGAGCAAAUGAUCUGGAAGUUUUCCGCGCUGAGCACGCGGAGCCCUGGAGAGCGGGGCAGCGCGGCGAGCACAAAGGCGGCGCGGGCGCGGCGCGUGCGGCCGGGGAUGGCGCGCGCGGCGCCGCCCGCGUGGCGCCGGGCGGGCGGCGCGUGCCCGCUGCUGCUGCUGCUGCUGCUGCCCGCGCUGCUGCUGCCGCCCCGCGCCGGCCACGCCGCGGUCAUCACCGGGGCCUGCGACAAGGACCCCCAAUGUGGCAGAGGCAUGUGCUGUGCUGUUAGCAUCUGGGUUAAGAGCAUAAGGAUUUGCACACCCAUGGGCAAACUGGGAGACACCUGCCAUCCCCUGACUCGUAAAAACCAUUUUGGAAAGGGAAGGCAGGAAAGAAGAAAGAGGAAGACAAGGAAAAGGAAAAAGGAGGAGGUUCCAUUUUUUGGGCGGAGAAUGCAUCACACUUGUCCAUGUCUGCCAGGCUUGGCCUGUUUACGGACUUCAUUUAACCGAUUCAUUUGUUUAGCCCGAAAGUAAUCACUUUAGGGUAGAAACUUCAAUGUGAAUAGCCACACGAUGUCUGUUAAAGUCUUACUUGUGAUUGUGCCAAACAAAAAACCAUGCCAGAGAGAAAUGCUCUUGCUUCCUCAACUUUCUAAGUAACAUUUUUACCUUUGAUUUUUAAAUGACGGGUUUUUGUUUUCGUUUUGUUUUAUUUUUUUACUGCAAGGGAAUUUUGGAUAGAAAUAUAAAGUGUAAGCCAUUAUGGAACUGGUUCUCAUUUCCCUGUUUCUGUCUUGGUUUGGUUUGGCUUUUUUUUAAUGUCAAUAACUUUCCCAUUUUGACAAAAAUGAGGAAUGUAAGAAUUUGGGAUUUUGUUACAGAAAGAUUUUUUUUUCUCACCUCCCCUUCUGUGCCCCACCACGGGUACACACACACCCUUUGGUGUCUUCCUCCUACUCCUCGAAGGAUAUUAAGGCCCUCAUUUUUUUCUUCUCCCUUUCCCUUCUCUCUUCUCUAGAAUGUUACAGUGGAGGGUCUGUGUUUUUCACUGGCAGAAUGACUGCCGAGAUGCAAGCUUUUAGCCCGAUGCAGUGGUAAGAGUGUUGAACUACACUCGCCACUCGCCUCUCCUGGGGUGGAUGCUUCUAGAACGUCUCUAAACUCCUCUGUCCAGUGGACCUCAGCCCUGCUCUUUGGUAUGAGAACACAAGGAGUGGAAAGCCAAACUAACUUAGCCCAGAUUUCUAGAUUUGGGGUUUUUUUCUUAUCCUACACAUAAAAGACUUCUUUUCCAAUACAAAUACUACAUUUAUUCCUUUUUCUUUUUAUAAAGUUGGGGUUUUUUUUAAAAAAAAAACAACAACAAUACCCCUAGUUAGAGAUGUUCUAGGAAGCGUCGCUCAAAGAGGAAGUCUUGGUUUUACUCUGGCAUACCACUAGUUACCAUUUUUAAACUGGUAUUAAAUUGUAAUUUAAACUCUAUUUGUAACCGAAAGGUGGAUUUUAAUGGAUUGUCUGACAUCCUGCCGUUUGUACCUGUAUCAACAUUGCUGUGUAAAAAAUUCUGUAUCAGAAUAAUGACAGUACUGUACAUCAUUUGAUUUUAUUUUAAUAUUAUAUCCUUAUUUUUUGUCACGAUCGUCGUUGUCAGUUUUUAUUACAAGCAGCUCUCCAUACAGGCCGCACCCUAUCGUGGGUAAAGACUCCAGGGUUGGUGAAACAGCUCUAACCGACGUUUCAUUUUGCAUACAGGAAAGUUCUGUUUUGUAUGGAUUUUUAAGGUUGUACAAACAAUAAACAGUGCGAGGUGCUGGAGCACGAAAGAAAAUGACACGGCACCCCAAAACUGGUUGUCACGAGGGAUGGACUUGUGGGAACUCACUGCAUUGGUUCCGCAGAGGGUGAAGGAUUAUGUCUCGUGGGUGGCCAGGCAGGCUGCUGGCCUGUCCGGUCCCAGCCAUGCAGUGACGCCAAUGUGGGCUGGCCUUGGAAAACCCACCAAGUAUUGUAACUGGGUUCAACAUCACAAAUAAACAACUCGUGAAAUGCGUUUAACUGACUCAACUUACCCAUGCCAACCUACCAACCAUUAAAAAAAAAAAAAA